GUGGAUGUUCCUGGACCGCGGCUCCUUCACUAGAGUGCACAUGUUACUCCAAAAAUUAAGGAACCUGCUUACAUUAGCCCAGUGGGGAAGAAAACAUCUCUGCUCAGCCCACCUCUGGCAUGGAGCGGGAGUCCCAUGUGUGGUCUGCAAGGACACAUACAGCUCCUCAGAGAUCCGACAUGGCUGCUGGAACAGAGAGCAGAGGAUGCUGAUGCAACACAUCUGGAGACCCAAGAAGUGAAGCGUAUCACUCAGAUGUGGAAGGAAAUGGAUCACAGCCACCGAAAAGCUGGUCUUGAAACACAGGGACGUGAGGAGGGAGAAAUGGGAAGAUUCAAGUCUUUGAUACAGAGCAUGGUGACACAGCUAUGCGAACAACAUGGGUGCAUUUGGAUGUCUGGAGAUUGCACAGAUCCACGUUAUCCUCCCCCUAAUCUGCAGACGCUGUUGAAGCUCGUGCUGAUCCCUAAUAUCGACAACAUGUCAGUCCAGGCCAUUCUCAUGUACUUCAUCCUGGAUGUGGCAAAUUUUCUACAGUGCAAAGAUGACCUCCUUCAGGCUUUUUGUCAUGCGUUCACAAUUCCAUCCACCUUUUCCCAACAAAUCAGAGCCUUCUGGAUGCUUGAUCAUGGACACACUGAGCAUCGUUGCAUCAUCCAUUGUCUCCUGACAAGGAAACAGCCUCAAGAGGCAUUACGGUACCUCCAGUGGGCCAGGCCUGCAGUAGAGACCACUGAUGAUGCCAAGCUGUUUGCAGAUGUACUUAUUCAAAGCAGUUGUAACUCUGAUGCUUGGGCUCUGUUGAAGAGAGGCCACACAGAGACUGAAGAUAUGAGCAAAUACUUCCUCCAAACUUGUAAAGGAGUUGGCCUGUGCACAGAGGCUUUAAAGUACAUUCUUGUUGAAAACAAUAAUGAAGAAGAUGGAGCUGAGACCACAGAGAUGACACGGAUGAAGAAAGAAAUGCCACUAUGUCCGCUGUCUGCCAAGCUGUACCGGGCUCAGAAAGUUGGCAAAGUAUCAACAGAUGAGCAGGUGAAAUUGGUCAGAAAGGCUGUGAAGGAAGUGAGAAAACCACAUUCCAAGUUGAGGGAGGUAGUGUGGCCAGAGCGCACAGAGAGAAAGCCCAACAGCAAGCAAAUGCUUUUGCCCACCGAGGCUCUGCGUCUACUCACAUGCAGCUCUUUGCCAGUGCACAUGGCAAUAGAAACACAGCAAACAGCACAUACAGCUGACCCAGAAGGAGUACAUCCUUUGAUUUACACUCAGCAGCAGCUGGAGACUCAAGAGAACAUUUUUUCUUCUGAGGAGGAUCUAAGAUCCGUGUCUGCCUCAUCCUCUACCUCAGCUUCACCCUUGCCUCUUAUGAAUUGGGACCUGCUUCACACAUUUAAAAGCACUCUGACCCUGCAGAGGAUUUCAUCUCUGCUGACAGAUACAAGUAGCCAAAGCAGGGGACAAGAAGAAGGGCACAGACCCCACUCAUCAGCUGGUGUUUUCCUAAAUAUCCCUGAGCUGGUGCUGACACCAGAUGGCGCCACAGAGCCUAUUUCCUUCAGCAGCUUGAACAAAGACAGCAUGGUAGAGCUGAUGCUUUCUGCACAUGUGGGAGAAGAUGAUGAAGCAGAUGUUUUUCUGGAAGAAGAUACUAUCGGGGGUGACGGGGUUUCAAGACCUUCCACAUAUGAAAGCCUUCUUUCAGACACAAGUUUCACUGAGGUAGCCCCAACUCACUGCGUCCAAACAAUGAAACCUCAUCGGCAAGAGGAACCACAGGGAUGCUCCAGCCAACACCUCCCCUGUACCCCAGCUGAAACAACCCACGACAUGCUGACAGAUCUUCAUCAGAGCCUUGUUUUGGAUUGGUCUAUACCCAGGAGCUCGCCAGGGAUGGGUCAGCCUUAUUCCUAUGGACUCGUCAAUUUUUUGGACUUCACUGCAAAGCAAAAAGGAGAAAACAGAGAUGGAAAUCAGGCGGAGAAAGAUGAGCCUGCAGGUUGGAGCAGUUCUGGGAAGGUUUCCCAAGGAGCCAUAAGGAGUGGCAGAGCAGGAUCGAGAAAAGGCAAACGAGUGAAGAGAGCAUGAUCACCUGCAAGACAAAGAACAGCCUCUUAUGUGAUGCAUUUUAAAUAUAUUUAAAUUAAAAUCUAAAGGAAAAAAAUCACUCCUACUAUUAAAGUUUACCACAAAGAGUGUUAACAUCCACCAGAUUCAUCCUCCAAUCACCUGGUCAGAUACUUUUGACAGCCUUUGUUCCCGCCCAGUGGUACUGUCCUACCUCACCCUUAAUCUUCUGCUGUAAUGUCA